UCUGACUAAUUGAUUAGUUUAUAGUGCAGUUCAGUCUCUUAGUUUGUUUCGCUUCGAGCUGCAGCGCAAUUUCCGAAAAGUUUAUUCACUUCUGGUUGUUUCUUGCACAAUGUAUCGCUCAAUUUUGGCGGCUAUUUUUUCGCCAUUUUCAAGGGCAUCGCUGAGAUCUGUGAACUCCUACUCGACUGAGGCGACUUUUGAGACAAUGCCCUUCAAACUCCACAACCUCCAAACUGGACCACCAACGUCUGCCGUGAUCAACAGGGAUGAUGCCGUCGAAUACUACAAGCAGAUGCAAACGAUUCGCCGGUUGGAGACUUCCGCCGGAAAUCUGUACAAGGAGAAGAUUGUCCGCGGGUUCUGUCACCUGUACUCGGGUCAGGAGGCUUGCGCCGUCGGUAUGAAAGCGGCCAUGCGUCCCCAGGACAACAUCAUUUCCGCGUACCGAGUUCACGGUUGGACCUACCUGAUGGGGGUCAGUCCGAAGGGGGUGCUGGCCGAGUUGACCGGAAGACAGAGUGGUUGUGCGAGGGGAAAGGGUGGAUCGAUGCACAUGUACGCACCGAAUUUCUACGGUGGGAAUGGAAUUGUGGGGGCGCAAGUUCCUCUGGGUGCUGGGGUGGCCUUGGCUUGUCAGUACAAAGGUAAUAACGGCGUUUGUUUAGCGCUGUACGGCGAUGGAGCUUCGAACCAGGGGCAAGUCUUCGAGGCCUACAACAUGGCACAUCUUUGGAAGCUUCCGUGCAUUUUUGUGUGUGAAAACAAUGGUUAUGGAAUGGGCACCAGUGCAGAUCGGUCAUCCUCAAACACCAACUACUUUCAGCGAGGAGACGUCCUGCCAGGAAUCUGGGUCGACGGAAUGGAUGUCGUGGCCGUUAAAUUAGCCACAGAUUUCGCCAUCGAUUACGUCCUCAAGAAUGGACCACUUGUGAUGGAGGUGUUCACGUACAGAUAUUCUGGUCACUCAAUGUCCGACCCCGGUACCAGCUACCGAACACGUGACGAGGUGCAGGAAGUCCGUCAAACGCGUGACCCCAUCACUUCGUACAAAGAGAAGAUCUUAACGGCUGGAUUGGCGACGGUUGAUGAAAUAAAGAAAAUCGAUGCCGACAUCAAAAAGGAAGUUGACGAAGCCACCAAGUGGGCAAAGGCUGAUGCGGAAAUUGGGCUACCCGAGCUGACGACCGACGUUUAUGCGAACAAUGUGGCGGGUGACAUUCGAGGAUCGAACCCCUACUCCUGGCUCAAGCACAGCACGCUGAACAAGGCAGUGAAUUUGUGAAUGUGGAACGAUUGUUGUUAGCUUUGUAGUGCAAUUGAAC